UAGUCUUGAAAUCUCCCAUAUAUGUGAUAUUGUUCCUUCUGUCUAGGCAGGCAAUGUGGUGACAGGAGAGAUGGUAGAAGAACUUAUUCUUUCUGGAGCGGAUAUUAUUAAAGUGGGUAUCGGACCAGGUUCUGUGUGUACCACUCGGAUUAAGACGGGGGUGGGCUAUCCGCAACUAAGUGCUGUUAUUGAAUGUGCAGACUCAGCACAUGGCUUGAAAGGACAUAUAAUCUCUGACGGAGGAUGCAGCUGCCCAGGAGAUGUCGCCAAAGCGUUUGGAGCUGGUGCUGAUUUUGUCAUGCUUGGAGGAAUGUUUGCAGGCCAUGACCAGUGUGCUGGAGAGAUUAUGGAAAAGAAUGGCAAGAAGGUGAAACUCUUCUAUGGAAUGAGCUCUGAUACAGCCAUGAAGAAGCAUGCAGGAGGGGUUGCUGAAUACAGGGCUUCAGAGGGCAGAACUGUGGAAGUACCUUACAGAGGGGACGUGGAACUCACCAUCCUGGAUAUCCUUGGGGGGCUGCGCUCCACCUGCACCUACGUGGGAGCUGCCAAACUCAAGGAACUGAGCAGGAGAACAACAUUUAUCCGGGUCACCCAGCAGCACAGCCAGGUCUUCUCUUAG